UUCAUACUUCAUUGUCGAAUUUGGACACGCGAGUAAGCAACGUAAGUUUAUGGAAGUUGUUCCUUUCUUCUCUUUCUAAAAUCUCAAUAAAUGACGGUACUUCCUGGUCUUUCAUCCUAAAUUCCAUCUGGAAUUCGAUUUCGGGAACAAAUUUGGGCAUCAGAAGCAGACCUCUUUCAAAACAAAGAAGUACUUACUUAGAAGCAGUUGGAAGGAGUCGGCAAAAUCGCAAGUGCCGCAAAAAUUCGGCAUUAAAAUUAUAGAAUACAGAGUGAAAAGAAAACUGAUCUAUAAGUAAACCGAGACAAGCCCAAACCGAAGAGCAAAAUACACACGAUGCCGAAAAAAACAAAACCGAACGGUUUUCUUCUCUUCAUGAUGGACUAUAGAAAAAGAGAAGAACGAAAAGGACGCAGUUUCAGAGGCGGCAUUCAGGAAGUGCAAAAUGAUCCACAAUGCAAUCAGGAAUGGCAGAGUAUGAGCGUCGACAAAAAGGCGGAAUAUAAUAGACGUGCCAAGGAUUGUAAGAAAGGAGGUGCUGGUAAAAAAACUGGAACUGGUGAGAGUAUGGACGCCGUUGAAAGAGAAAAAAUGAGGAAAGUUGAGUUUGCGCAAAAUAUGAACGAUGAAAUAGAAUCUAUCGUGGCAAUGGCAAUGGAAUUCGGAAAUCUUCCUUUAAUAAAGUUCAACUUCAUUCACUCGAAUUGGUUCCACACAAGAUCGUUGGAAAACAAUGAAUUUGACUACAUUCCUGCUGAAUUUGCCGUUUCCGAAUUCUCAUUGAAAGACGGAGUCACAAAGAUCUAUCAUCAGAUAUUAAAAACUGAAAUACGAUGUGGUUACACCAGAGAAGCCAUGGAAACCAGCCAGGAAACCCAUCAGCUACCAUGGAACUUGCAAUGUGGAGAAGAUCGCUUCGAAGUAAUGGCCGAAAAUCUGAAAGAAUUCCUUAAACCGGGCAUGGACGGGAAUAAAUAUCCGGCCUUGUAUACCUCAAGACAAAUCAGCCCGGCCGUGAAAGCACUUAUAAAACGAUUGACCCACAGUUUGAAUGUUCCUAACGAAACUUUUAUAGUCUACGAGCUGGAGGUCCUUUUUAAAUAUUUGCGAAACGCAGCUAUGCAAAAAGCUGGCGUGGUUGAUAGUUUUCAUACAGUCAUGGCAGAGUACGAACUCAUAAAAGAUGCUUUCUCUUUCACUCCGGGACUUGACUGCGACUUUCACAAAAACUUGGACGGGACGAGCCAAUUUUGCAGCAUGUCUAUUGUAAAGCGAUGGGCAUUUACCAUCUGCGAUUACUGCUGCGAAAAUUUGGGCGUCGAGAUGUUACAUGGAGUUCAUCUUCCUUUGAAAAUUCAUUCUGACCAGAGUAACAUGAGUGAUACUAUGAGCGUUCUUUCUGAGAAAAUUAACGUUAUGCAAAUUCAGGACACGAUUGGCAUCAAGUCUAUGACGGGGGUAAGCAAAGAGUACCGAACGAGAGUUUCUGAACGAACGGAUGCUGAAGAACAGAAACGUAGGAACGACAAGAGGACUGUGACAGUCGUUAAGUAUGGAGAUUUAGCGAAUUCUCCUCCAGCUGAACCUGAACCUGAACCUGCUCCUGUCACUGUUCCUCCACCUAAGGAGUAUCAAAUACCACUGCGUCGCCCACACUCAAUAAGUCACGCUCAUAUCGCUGGAAAACAGAAAGAGGAUGAACAUACUUACAACGAGUCGGAAUUCCCAAGUUUGGGAGUUUCUGUUGGAAGGGGGAACGGCGCGCGAAGAAAAGAUAACGAACCUCGACCCGGUGCUGGACGUGGACGUGGCAUUGCCCUGUCUUAAAAACUACGACCAAACUCGAUUUUCAACAUCAUUAAUUAUCUUUACCAAGAAGAUAAAACCAUCUUCCAAGGUUUUUUAGAUGUGUAGAUUAAGGAUCAAUGUUGAUCCAAGAAGAUGAAGAACUUCAAAGUUUUAUACCGUUAAGUUACCGUAUACUUUUAUUUCAUAGAUUUUCUUCGAAAAUUUAUAAUUAACCAAUCAUCUCCAUAAUUGACGAGCUAAGAGUGUCAGACAAAAAAGUACUGACAGACUUGUAGAGAAAAUCGUAAAGAUUUCCGUCGCACAUUUUAUUUUAUAUUACUUCGUGCAGUUUUAAUUAGUCGAUAAUUUUUUCAUUUUUUCUUUUUUACGAAAACCCGGACGAAUGAGAAGAAAAAUAGUCUCAUAUUAAAGUAACUAUUCUUUCAUAUUAUUUGUGUGAUGUAUGUGAUGGAAACACAAACGUGAUUACUUAGUGCGUAAGGCAUAAGAUUAUUAUCUCCAAAGCUCCAAAUAUAACUGCUAAAUAAAGGCAAAACAUUGAUGUACCUGUAGUAGGGGAGAUAAUAAAGAAAUGUUAAUUUUUCAGUAUUGCCUAUUUAA